AAACACACGUUGUUUGUUUCAUUUCAGAGCCAUACAUUACUGGGUCAAGGACUUUAUUUUACCCUAUUUUAAACUUUAUUUUAGGGCUGCACAGUUUGACUGAUCACAACUAUGGAUAUAAACAUGCUGCUCCUUUUUCUACUGCUGCUGCUCUUUGGUUCUCAGGCUAACCAUUUCUUUGGGACAGUGAUGACUUUUACCCCCAAAGACAAGACACAUAAUGGCUCCCUCACGGUGGUCUUUCACUACAAGCUGAGCUUUCGCUCAUGCACCGAUCAAGACACGUGGAGCUGUGUCAGCGGUGACUGUGGUAGUGAGAGUGUGGAGCUGAGCAUUGUGGAUGAGGAGGACAAAGAGUGGUGUCAGAGGGAAGGAGUCAUGACUCGGGAGGUUUCCAGCAAUGCUGUGUUUCAGCUACGAGCUACUGUCAUCUCCUCCCGCAUUUGCAAUGGGCUGCCACACUAUUACAGGUAG